AUGCAUUCCCUCGAUAACGCCAUUACUGCUGUUGACGCGGUGAAUCAUCUCAUCGACAAUGCCGUUGAAGACGGACAUGUCGUCCAGACCCCUGCUGAAGAGGCGGAAGCUCGCGAGGCCAAAGCAAAGGCCCUGGAUACCCUGGGAAGAACCAUCAGCGUGGUCGACUCGACUCUCGCCAAGCUGAGGAAGAACAUCGCCAGCCGCCAUGGAGUGACGAGCGGGCAACGCAGGAGAUGUGUACCACCACCAGUACCGCUUUCGGCUGCUGUUCCUGAUGGAAUGGCGGCAAUGGACGCUUCCUCGGAUGGCAAGAUUAAGAGUAUUGUGGCGACGAUGUCAGCUGAAAAGGGAACCGAACACAAGCCAACUCUGGCUAAUGCCGUUCCUACUUUGAACGAUAUGGCCACGGGCGUAGGUCCUAUUAUGGACAACUUUGAUAAAGUUCUGAAACACCCCUAUCUCGAUCAGUUCAAUGCGACACUGAACACGGUCCCGGUGGUCGGUCUGAAGGACCAGACCAUCAUGUACGUCGGAACGAAGUUGAAUGCAAACCCGCUAGGUCCUCCCGUCGAGGAGUGGGCAGUCUUUUCCAAGCUCCCCCAGGGUGUCACGGUGGGACCGGACGACAAAGUCCACUUUUUCCCUUACAAAGGUGACUUCUACAUGUCCAUCGGUACUCGAGUCUGGCUGAAGAAGCACCGCCCCGGUGCGAGCGGGGGAGUAAUGCGGGACCCCGAGUUGGCCAAGGCCGUUAACAACUGGCCGUUUAUGUACCAGAAUGACUGGGAGUUUGUGGGUGAUCAGGUACUCCCUGUCGCUGAUCUUGCCGCCGUGAUGCCCUUCUCGGUGCUCUCGGCGGAUCGGUCUGAGAUCGCUUUUCAGCUCGUUCUGCUGCACAAAGACUCUUCGCUGCAAGUGCUCGCGGGGGAUAGCCUGCAGGCAAAUAACCAAUACGCCAAUUUGGAAUUCGCACCGACAAAGGAAGCUCCCUCUCGGCCAGACUGGAAGUUAAUGACGUACUGGAACAACCACCUCAUCGGUUAUGACUCAGAACAGAACUUCUGGGACUUGAGUCCCGACUUUACGGCUCGGACCUAUACCAUCUCCGAUAAAGCAAAAGUUCCCGAACCGAUUGUCGAACUGACAGCGAGUGAACAGGGUCCCAUUGGGAUCAGAUCCGACGGGUCGAUGUGGAAACGGCUAGUCCAACCGCCCAAGGACGACAAGGAUCCCGGAAGCUACACUUGGAAAUCCUGGAUAUCUUCCCACGGUGUGACGAGUAUUGGCGUUGCCUCACCUGGUGUCCUUCUCGAUUUGAACCUGCUCACCAGGACGCUGCAGUCUCGCUAUAUCGAGACGCAGACGGCUCUGAUCCCGGUCAUGAGCAAGAUUCGCGCGUUCGGGCUGACACACAAGUUCUAUCUGAAAGAGCUUCGCAAGGCCGCUGAUAUGUGGUUGAGUGAGCCAGGUAACCAGGAUCUGGCAGUCAAGCAGGGACAGGGUUUCGUCCUGCAUGCGCUGACGUGGGCGAAUAUCUUGGGCAGUGCUGCGGCAAACGCACAGGCUCCGGUCAAUGUGAUGACUGGGCAGCUUAAGGAUGUCGAAAGGCAGUUGGAGAUUCAGCUCACAAUUCUGCAAGACAAGCUGAAGGGGUUGGAGGCGAGUCUGAAGAUCAAGCAGGAGUACCUCAGCAAACUGCAGGCUGCGCUGUGGGGAGCUAUUGCUGCCCUGCUGCUAUCCGUCGCCAUCUUUCUAGUUGCAGCGGCGACGAUGCAGCCCUGGGCGUGGGCAGCAGCAGGAACUCUGUUCGUUGGAGGCCUCGUCACAGUCACCAUAAUGAGCAAAAAGGUCGAUGCAGCCGCAGAGGAUGUAAAGGAAUGCGAAGGGCAAAUCAACAUCACUAAGACAGCAAUCAACGAAUUGACCGAGAUUGUGUCCAACUUUCAGGCCAUCGCCACGCUAUACGAUACUCUGAAUACCUUCUUUGGCCGGAUGACCCUCGAUGCAGGCGCCCUGAAGGACAUGGAUACCGCCACUGCCGCACAGCUUGGGGCCUAUGUCCUCGCGGAUCCUUCUUCUAUUGAUGCCGCAGCUGCGAUGACGGAUGAAAUCACUGCAGCCUGCACGACCUACCUGGAUGUGCUCAGCAAGCAGGGGAUUAUCCUUCCACCAGUAAAUUUGAUGCUCGCCUCAUACUGCGCAGAUGCCAAAGCUGCACCUGUGGGCGUAGCCUCGAGCGUGGCCACCUUGGACGAGCACUUUCACUCCACUGUCGCGAAAGCGGCCAAUACUCUGUCUAAAGGCAAAAUGGUCGACUACUUCGCCACUUUGAAUGCGGCAUAUGCGCUGCAGCAAACCAGUCUCAAAGCUGAACAUCUUCAGGAAGUCUCUACCGGCGCUUGGUAUGAUGUGCCAGCCCUCACCAACGCCGGAACCCUGUGGGCUGGAUUCAAUCCCCACGUCCAGCUACAGGGCGUCUCAAUGCUGUCCCAGUCGGCGGGAAGCAAUGCGGUUGAGGAGAUCCUCAAUGAAGCACGCCCACAGGUCAUCGAUCUGCUCCAGCAGACAGUCCUCCUCGCAAAGACAGCCGAGGCGUGGGCUGACAAGUAUCCCAGCGCACCGACCGGCGACCAGUUAGCCGACGCACGGCAAUAUCAAGCGAAAUCCAUUGACGCCUGUCAGAAGGCUGAGUCCGCGGCUGCCCAGGCGAACAAUGCAUUUGUCGAGGUGAACCAUCGUGCUCAGGCAUUCCAGCAAGACCUCGACGUCCGCAUUGGCGAAUGUGAGGGCAAGAUCAACAACGCAAAAGCCGUGGCAGAAAAUGAACGGUCGAACAUAAGAGUCCCGUUCGAGGUCGUAUUUGCAGGAGGUAUGGCUACAGUGUACUGGCUGGACAUGAAGAAGAAGGAGAUAUCCGACAAGCUCAACGCCACCGUUAAUGGUUUGAACGCGACAAUCUCGAGCUUCGCCAAAAGCAAGGAGAGUGGGGUUACUUUCCAGGGCCAUCUUCUUACAUGGCAGGAGAUGGUACAGAAAGUCAGCCACGAUCUGGCGUUCGUUUAUCAUAUUCUGGCGGGCGUUGAGGGUCAGUUGAUGGAGAGCCCCGACUUAUAUCGUGAGUUCAUCAAGAUCGAGUGGGCUGAGCUGGCCAAAAACUCGAACGAUGUUCUUACGGUUAUCGGCGUGCAUAGCCCUGAAACUCAGCCAUUGGCCCUCCGUGCUAGCGAUGCCGUAGCGAACGUGUGGCACGCCGAUGCCGUUGCCAAUGGAUCGAACAAGGAGGCGCUGAUUGCGGCCGUCUCGUCCAACACUCGCCUUGGAGGUGUUCUGGCCACUCAGGCAAAAGAGUGCAAGGACGCAUUCCAGCAGAUAAAUGUUGUGCUCGGCUUGCCUUGGAUCCAAGAUAUCGUGGGCUACUGGGACGACUCCAAGACUGAGAAGGCUACCUUAUUCGACGUCGCCAUGAAGCUGAGACGGCAGUAUGUCCAAAUGAUUGGCAUGGAAUACCAAACCGUCCAACAGCUGUACAGCGUCUCAAUCCUCCAGGCCUUCCGCGCCGAGAACGUCCAAAGGGGCCGCCUCCCGCUGGGAGUCUUCCUGGACAGCACCCUCACCUCCAUCCGAAGCGCCAUGCAGUCCGCCCAGCACACUUCCGGACGAUUCCAGGCACUCGCCGCAAACUUCGAAUCAACCGUCGCCAUCAUCUCCAAGAAUGUCGACGAGAUCACAACCAAGAUCGCCUCCAUCAACACCCAGAUCGCAACCAGCACCAAGGCCCUCCGCGACAAGAUCAUUGCCGAAGUCGCCGACGUUAUCGCUAUUGCCUUCGCCACAGGCGCUAUGCUCGUCGCCUUUGGCGUUGUAGGCCCAGUCGGGGCGACACUGACCCUGGCGGCGAAGCUCGGAACAACCGCUGCAUUGACGGCAGCGAGUAUCAAGCUGACUCUUGAUAGCCUGAGUCUCGACGACCUCGUCGAAACGAUCGAGGGCCUCAAGUCUGUGCGGAGCGGGCUCGAGACCUCACGCGAUAAAUUGGCGGCUGUAAAGCCAUUCUUCGCUAAUGUUGGUGCGGGCGUGCAGGGCCUUACGGGCACUGUGGCAGAGAUGGCUGCCGCGUUGCAGAAAAUCAAGGAUCAGAUUAGGCUCUGGAAGGAGGUUUCCUUGACUGAGGAUGACGUGGUGAAGAUUUCGAAGAGCUGGAAGGGGGUCCGAAAUGAUUGUUUGGAGUGGAUGGAUAUGGUCCAUUCGCAGGGGAUUACGCCUAUGAAUUUGUCGUUGGGGCCGGUUGACAUGGGUGUUUGUGAAUAG